AUGAAUAAAAAGCUAAGCUUUAAAAAGACCUUGGAAGCUAAAUUGAAGAACUCGCAAGUAGCUGCAAAGAAGAAAGCGAUCAGCCUAUUCACAGCAAUGUCAGUGGCUCAUGCCGACAACAAUGAAGACAAAGAGUCAAACACUGGAGACGUUCAUCAUGUCGAAAAGGCCCUUCCCGGAGGCGACUUUUAUACAGGCCAAUGGUAUAAGAGUUUGCCCCAUGGCAAAGGCAACUACCUAUGGACUGAUGGUUGUAUGUACGUUGGUGAAUGGUUUAAAGGCAAGAUUACAGGGAAAGGCAAGUUUUUCUGGCCUUCCGGUGCCACUUACGAAGGAGAUUUCAAGCAUGGUUUCAUGGAUGGUAAAGGGACAUUUACAGGAACUUCAGGGGAUACUUAUGAAGGGUCUUGGAUUAUGAACUUCAAACAAAGUGAAGGGACUUAUAGUUAUCCCAACGGGGAUCGCUACGAGGGCGAAUGGCGCCGUGAAUACCAGGAAGGACACGGGAAUUACUGGUGGAAAAACGGGGACCGUUACGUCGGUCAAUGGAAGAAAGGGUUGAUGAAUGGCAAUGGGACAAUGAUUUGGACCAAUGGGAAUAGGUAUGAAGGGGCUUGGGAGGAAGGUUAUCCUAAAGGGAGUGGGACUUAUACAUGGCCCAAUGGGAGUUCUUAUGUUGGUGUAUGGAGUAAAGAUAGUACAGAACAUAAUGGAACUUAUCAUCCUUCUGAUUCUCAGACUAAGAAUCUAGAUUGGGAUCCUCAACAGGUGUUUUCUGAAGAUUUAAAGGACUGCAAGAUAUGUCCUUGUGAGAAAAUAUCGAUCAUGCCAUCCGAAAAGAUGCCGAAUUGGACCGGAACGGCCCAAUACAAUGGUAGGAAGCAAAGAAGGUCUGAUGAGAGUUUAAGUAGGUAUAGUUUCAGUGAUUUCGAUGGUUUUUCUUCUGCAAGUGAAGAAAACUCGAAGAAUGGCGAUGAAAGCGGAGGAAAUAUUAAUUCCGAAGGUCCGGAGACGAAAACGAUUUCUCCACAGCUUGUGUUGUUAAUGAAGAAGCAAGGGCGGACGAUAUCCAGGGGACACAAGAACUAUGAACUCAUGCUUAACUUGCAACUUGGUAUCAGACACUCUGUUGGAAGACCUGGUCCGCCUAUAACCAAUGAAUUGAAGUCUUCAGCAUUUGAUCCUAAGGAAAAAGUAUGGACCAAGUUUCCGCCGGAAGGAUCGAAGUACACUCCAUGUCAUCAAUCUUGCGAAUUCAGAUGGAAGGAUUACUGUCCACUUGUAUUCAGGACCCUCAGGAAAUUGUUCGAUGUCGAUUCAGCGGAUUACAUGCUUUCGCUAUGCGGGAACGACGCCCUUCGGGAACUAUCAUCCCCUGGAAAAAGUGGAAGUUUUUUUUACUUGACCAGUGAUGACAAAUACAUGAUCAAGACAAUGAAGAAGACAGAAGCAAAAGUUCUUAUAAGAAUGCUUCCGGCCUAUUAUAUGCAUGUUCGGUCCUUCAAGGACACUCUAGUUACCAAAAUUUUCGGUCUGCAUUGUGUGAAAUUAACCGGGGCAGUACAGAGAAAGGUUCGAUUUGUUAUAAUUGGCAAUCUGUUUUGUACCGACUGUGCCAUUCAUAGGCGCUUCGACUUGAAAGGUUCUUUCCAAGGUCGAACAACGGCUAUACCCGAAUCAGAAAUCGAUCCAACAACAACCCUCAAAGACCUCGAUCUCAAUUACAUAUUUCGAUUGCAGAAACUGUGGUUCCCAGAGUUCUGCAGGCAAGUUGAAAUAGAUUGCGACUUUCUCGAAAGAGAGAGAAUUAUGGAUUAUAGUUUGCUGGUCGGAUUGCACUUUCGUGAAGCUCCUCUGCUAUCUCAAGCUAGCAAUGAUCAGCUUGUUAUCGACUCCACAAGGCGGUCUUCCGAUAGGUUAGGUAUAAAAAUAGCUGCUCGAGCCGAAAAGACGGUGAGAAAAACCGAUUGUCAACUGAUCGGAGAACCAACUGGUGAAACAUGUGAUGUCAUUCUCUUCUUUGGUAUAAUAGACAUUCUACAAGACUAUGAUAUCAGCAAGAAGCUUGAGCAUGCGUAUAAAUCAGUGCAAUACGAUCCGACUUCGAUUUCCGCUGUUGAUCCGAAGCUAUAUUCGAAACGCUUCCGGGAUUUCAUUUUCAAAGUUUUUGUACAAGACACUUGAAAAUGUCAUGAUCUUCAAAAGAAAUUUCGCUCGGAGCCGGUGUCCGUUUAUGUACAUUGAUUGUAUUCUGGAGACGUGAGUGGUUAAAAGCAAAAGUUUGCGACUUCUGUCAUUGACAUGGCCAUGGAGAACGAUUCGUGGCGGCGCCAGACACACCCCCUUAAUCGAGGGUUAGUUUCUUCUACUGCAGAUAUAUAUGUUAUUGACGAGAGUUUAGGUUAAGAUUGUAAACAUUGUUAUUAAGGUUGUUUCAAAUGUAAAAUAAUUACAUUCUUUUGUAUC